UUUUAGGUUUUCAACUUGUUAAAUGAUAUAUAUACCAGUUGUUGCUCUCCUUCUCACCACAUCUACCUUCUCUCGAGCGGAUAACUCUUGCGAAUCCACGUGUACACCUGAUGGAUACCCACUACCGUGUGGAGUUUGGCUGAAAAAUGAGACGAAAUCCUCGACGUUGGGCACUUAUGCACUCAACAGCGGAGUAGCGAAGCUUUACUGCUCGUUCACUUCCCUUCCACAACCCGUUCAAAUUCAAUGGAUGUUCCGCCCAUCAGACAGUGUAAAUGCACAAUGGCGUGAAUUUCCGUGUGCCAAAAAAGAAGAGCACAAGAAUUGCCAAAAAGAAGAAAUAAUUGUGGAAUCAAAUUGUGAAGUACGAAUGAAUUCUCUGAAAAUGAGUGGAACCUACAAAUGUGCGGCCACAAUUCCCAAUCAUCACGAGCAGAGAUACAGAGCAUUCAGCUCCGAAUUUGCAAUUAAUGUAGUUGGAAUUGAACCAGUGAAAGUCAUUUCCAGUAGUCUACAACGCGACAAAAAUGGAGAAAUUAGUUUAGAGGUGUGCGCCAAUCCGCGUCCAGAAGUUUUUUGGCACACAACCGACGGAAUCAUCACUCCGGAAAAAGCUUCUUCAAGAUUUGCAGUCACUUCUCUGUCACAAAGAACAACUCUAAAACAUCGAAGUGAUCCAUUAUCCACGAUUUCUUAUUGUUAUCGGACAAGUCUUUUAAUCGAUAAAGUUCAUGAAAAUGAUGAAUUCCGAUUGUCGAUACGUGGUGAUUUGGAUAUUAUGCAUGAGGAGCUCAAGCUUAAAGUAAAGAGCUCAAUGUCCGCCUAUGGAAGCUACUUUGUUCUAUUAAUUGUUUCAAUUGCUUUUAUGUUUUGAUAUGUUAUCAGAUUUAUUUUUUCUACUCUCCGACAGUUAUAAAAUUGUUUAAAAGUACGGUAACCGGUCUCGCCACGACCGAAAAAUAGUUAAAUUGUGCCAACGAUUGUGCGUCUUUAACAAUUACUGUAGUCGAUAUUUCCUGAUUUUUUAUCUCACUUUCUCAAAUGAAAAAUCGUAAAAUCUAUAUUGCAUUUAUUUUUUAUUUAGCGCCUUUAAAAUUCAAAAGAUUUUCAAUUUAUUUUUUUUUUUGAAUCGUGAAUGGUGAAGGAGCCUAAAUAUAAAAUAAAAAUUCGAUUCAUUUUUCAGGAUAAUAUUUGUAAGUUUUCUUUCAAUUGACAUUUUUUAUUAUUCAAGUUAUAAAAAAUAAAUAGUUAUUUAAAUA